AUGUACGACGAAUCGAAUGCAGCGAGAACGAUUUCAGCAGGACGCGGAUCAUGUCACCUCAAUCUUCUCCUCUUCCCAAGCACCCAAAAUGUACAAGUCACUACACCAAAUAAUGGUGAUAUAGCUGGAUUUGAGCCGUUCAUAAUUCGUCUUAUAAUCUACAUUGUAGUUUUAGGAUUUCUUGUCAUCAUCAGUUUUCUAGUGUUAAAAUUGCUUGAAUCAUGCGAUGAUGACGAAAACCUUGAAGCAGAACAUAGUCGUGUAACAGGGGUACCAACAGAGACAGCACCUCUGUUGCCACAACAAAAGGCCUCUAAAUUGCCUUAUGGAACUGAUGAAGAUGAUCUGGAAUCAGGCACAAGCAGCUCCUCAGAAGACCUGUAUGAUGGAAAAAUCUGUGCUAUAUGUUACGACAUGCCACGGAAUUGCUUCUUUGUCCCGUGUGGCCAUUGUGCAACUUGCCAAGACUGUGCUAGAAGGAUUACGGAGGUGGACAACAGGAUUUGCCCAAUCUGCAGAAGGGUCAUUCAUAAAGUGAGGAAAGUGAUUAUCCCGUAG